AUGAAAUCGGAGGACAUUGGUUCUGAGGACAAGGAGACAUUAAAAUGGGAUAUUAAUGACAUGAAGCUACCACAGAAUGUGAAAAAUACCGACUGGUUCCAAGAGUGGCCAGAUGCCUACGCAAAGCACAUCUACAGCUCCGAGGACAGAAGCGCGCAGAGGCACCUGAGCAGCUGGGCCAUGCGCAACACCAACAACCACAAUUCUCGUAUCCUCAAGAAGUCGUGCCUGGGCGUGGUGGUGUGCAGCCGUGACUGCUCUGCUAAGGAGGGGCGCAAGGUCUACCUACGCCCGGCCAUCUGUGACAAAGCCAGGCAGAAGCAGCAGAAAAAGCACUGCCCCAAUUGUGACGGACCGCUGAAACUAGUUCCUUGUCGAGGCCACGGGGGCUUCCCAGUCACCAACUUCUGGAGGCACGACGGACCUUUCAUCUUUUUCCAGUCAAAGGGAGAGCAUGAUCAUCCCAAACCAGAAACCAAAGUAGAAGCAGAGGCAAGAAGAGCGAUGAAGAAAGUACACCUGGCACCUUCCUCUGCCUCUCUGAAGUUGAAGGGGAGCUCAGAGACAAAGCCUCUUACAGGUGAAUUGCAAAGUCGGGAAGGUUUACCUUUAACUUGGUCUUUCCAGGAAGGUAUCCAAUUGCCUGGUAAUUACAGUGAGCCUUUCAUUCCUAACCCUCCCCAUCAGAGGUCACUGAAUGGCUGCUUGUCCUUCUCCAAGAGUUAUGGUUUGGGGGCCACCAAUGAGCUGGCUGAUCCUCCUUCCAGCUUGGGCCCCACUAAGCUCUAUGAGAAAUGCAAAGUGCCCAGCAGUAGGAUCUACAGUACUGCAGACCUGCUUCAGCCCUCUGUCUCUGGAAUCUACCCGGAUUACAACGAUUUGCAAACAUGGAAUAAAAAUGUGGCUUACGGGAGAAAUCCUCUUAACGACAAAUGUUGCCCCAGUUAUCCUUUUGCUCUGGCCAGCUGGCCUUACAACUUCUCCACUUCCCUGAACAAUUCCGAGCCCUGUUUCCAGCAGAUUCCUGUAGAAUCGUCUGCAGCCAAACCCACCUGUCACCCAUUAUGGCCAAAUCCAGGGGGCGAUCUUUAUGAAGAGAAGGUGCAUUUGGAUUUUAACAGCUACUUCCCUUCCACCACGUACCAUUCACCCCAAGAAGAUCCUUUUCUUGUCACCUAUUCCUCUCACCCUCACCAUCAAUAUUCCCUGCCAGCAAAGAGCAGCAAAUGGGAUUUUGGUGAAGAAAUGAGACGUAUGGGUUUAGACCACUGCAACAAUGAAAUGCUUCUAAACUUCUGUCCUUUAAGAUAA